AUGGCGUCGCGCGGCCACCUGCUGCUAGCGCUGCUCGUGCUCGCCGCGACGGCGGCGGCAGCCAGCGGCGGGCGGCACCAGUCGCGCGUGAGCAAGCCCGCGCGGCCGCGGCUGGAGCUCGUCCCCGCGGCGCCGGACGCGUCCCUGGCCGACCGCGCGAGGGACGACGUGCACCGCCACGCGUACAUCCGGUCGCAGCUGGUGUCCCGCCGCGGGCGCCGCGCCGCCGAGGUGGGCACGUCCGCGUUCGCCAUGCCGCUCUCGUCGGGGGCCUACACCGGCACGGGCCAGUACUUCGUGCGCUUCCGCGUGGGCACCCCCGCGCAGCCGUUCGUGCUGGUGGCGGACACCGGCAGCGACCUCACCUGGGUCAAGUGCCGCGGCGCCGGCGCCGCCGCCGGAACCGGCGCUGGAUCGCCGGCGCGCGUGUUCCGCACCUCCGCGUCCAAGUCGUGGGCGCCCAUCGCGUGCUCCUCCGACACGUGCACCUCCUACGUGCCCUUCUCCCUCGCCAACUGCUCGUCGCCGGCCAGCCCCUGCGCCUACGACUACCGUCGGUCCUACCGUGGUGGGUGGCUUGGCAGGUACAAGGACGGCUCGGCGGCGCGCGGCGUGGUGGGCACCGACUCGGCGACCAUCGCGCUGUCCUCCGGCAGCGGCGGCGGCGGCGGGGACAGCAGCGGCAGGCGCGCGAAGCUGCAGGGCGUCGUGCUGGGCUGCACCGCCACGUACGACGGGCAGAGCUUCCAGUCCUCGGACGGCGUGCUGAGCCUUGGCUACAGCAACAUCUCCUUCGCGUCCCGCGCCGCCGCGCGCUUCGCUUUCGCCCCAGCGCCCGCCGCGCAGACGCCGCUGCUGCUCGACCGCCGGAUGAGCCCGUUCUACGCCGUGACGGUGGACGCCGUGUGCGUGGCCGGCGAGGCGCUCGACAUCCCCGCGGACGUGUGGGACGUCGACCGGAACGGCGGCGCGAUCCUCGACUCCGGGACCAGCCUCACCAUCCUCGCCACCCCGGCGUACAGGGCCGUGGUCGCCGCGCUCAGCAAGCACCUCGCCGGGCUGCCCAGGGUCACCAUGGACCCGUUCGAGUACUGCUACAACUGGACGACCGCCGAUGGCGCGAGCGCGCCGGAGAUCCCCAAGCUGGAGGUGCGCUUCGCCGGGUCCGCGCGGCUGGAGCCGCCGGCCAAGAGCUACGUCAUCGACGCGGCGCCCGGGGUGAAGUGCAUCGGCGUGCAGGAGGGCUCGUGGCCCGGGGUGUCGGUCAUCGGCAACAUCCUGCAGCAGGAGCACCUCUGGGAGUUCGACCUCAGGGACCGGUGGCUCCGGUUCAAGCACACGCGUUGCGCCCUAUGA